CGUUUAUUACUUGGUGUUUUCUUGAUUGAUGUAAAAUAACUUUCAGUAGAAACGUUGCUCGGAUUGUAUUUGGAAUUCGAGGUUUUAGCGGUAUAUGAUCAAACUUGAGAAGAUUUUGAAGAAAAGACACCAUUUCAUAUUUAAUAUUAAUCCUUUGAUUUCAUAACUGUAGCCAAAACGAAAUGUUUCCUAUCCUAUGCAAACGUUCAACUAACUACCUUAAACGUUUGCAUUGAUGAACAAAAAAAGCUGAGAUUGUGAAAAUAAACUGGCAUAUCAAACGAAUAAACAAGGAAAAUCCUUUAUAUGAAAUAUUGAGCAAUAUUUUUAGAAUGUUUCAGCUUUCUUCUCGUUUCCUUUUUGGUCUCAAUUGUCUCUAAUCACAACUAGCAUACUUCAACAUUUUCAGCUUCUUUAUAAGCUAAAAACAUCAAGUCCAGUCGGUUUGCUGACAUCCUGCUAGUUGCAGAGAGGAUGAUGUUGAAUACACACUUUUUCCUCCACCUUUUACAAACACAAUGACACUUACACCUUCGAUAAAUCCAUUUCUCCUUCAUCAAUACAUAGUAAAUCAAAGUUAAUACUCGAUAUAAUAAAAGUUCGAUAUACGAAUAUUAAAAGAAUGGAUCCUUCAUAAUAUCGAGGUAUUGUUUUUACUCCUCCUUAACCCUUGGUCGCAGACAGAUCCAAAGACUUACCAACAGCAAACCCUUCCGUAGCGAGAAACUUGUUUGUUUGUUUGUUUCUCUCUUUAAAUCUCCAUUUUUUUCCCUUAAAAAUCAUGAUGCGAAUUCAUCAAGUCCGGGCUACGAUUGGAAAGGCCUCUUCAGCAAAAUGCAUCGGAAAUGCCCUCAUGAAACGCUACUCUUCCUCAGGCUCUGGCGUUAGAGAAAUGACCGUCCGUGACGCUUUAAAUAGUGUUAUGGAAGAGGAAAUGAGACGUGAUGAACGUGUAUUCUUAAUGGGUGAAGAAGUUGGUCAAUACAAUGGUGCUUAUAAGGUUUCUCGUGGAUUGCUCGAUAAGUUUGGUCCUAAACGUGUUAUUGAUACCCCCAUUACUGAAAUGGGAUUCACCGGUUUGUCUACCGGUGCUGCAUUCGCUGGCUUGCGACCCAUCUGUGAAUUCAUGACUUUCAAUUUCUCUAUGCAAGCUAUUGACCAUAUCGUCAACUCUGCUGCUAGAACCAAUUACAUGUCUGGCGGUAUCCAAGCUUGCCCUAUUGUUUUCCGCGGUCCUAAUGGUCCUGCUUCUGCUGUAGCUGCCCAGCAUUCUCAGCACUUUGGUCCUUGGUACGGCGCUAUCCCUGGUCUAAAGGUUAUCUCUCCUUAUUCUGCAGAAGAUGCUCGUGGUAUGUUAAGAGCUGCCAUUCGCGAUCCUAACCCUGUUGUUGUUCUCGAAAACGAACUCCUUUACGGAAAGAGCUUUCCUAUUUCCGAAGAAGCUUUGAGCGAGGACUUUGUUAUUCCUUUUGGCGUCGCCAAAAUUGAGCGCCCUGGUAAAGACAUUACUCUUGUUGGUGAAUCCCUUGCCGUCACAACUGCUCUUGAAGCCGCUGACAUCUUGAAGGAGAAGCAUGGCGUUGAGGCUGAAGUCAUCAAUUUACGUAGUAUCCGCCCUAUUGAUGUUGAUACGAUCGUUGAAAGCGUCAAGAAGACAAACCGUGUUGUUACCGUAGAGCAAGCUUACAGCCAACAUGGUCUUGGUAGUGAGAUUGCUGCUCAGCUUAUGGAAUCCUCAGCCUUCGAUUAUUUGGAUGCCCCCGUUGAACGUGUGGCUAUGGCUGACGUUCCUAUGCCUUACAGUACUCCCAUUGAGGCUGCUACCGUCCCCAAUGCCGAUGUUGUUGUUGCUUCUGCCGAAAAAUCCUUAUAUUUAAAGAAGUAAAUAAAUAGUGUAGCGUUUUUCCCCCUCCUGAUUAUCUUGUGGUUACCUCCUAAACCGUUCCUUAGCUAUAUUGUAUAACUCGUCGUCACAGUAGGACGUCAAAGAAAAUCCUUUUUAAUGGUUUUACAUCUAUUUGCUGUUAUUACAAUGCUUAAUAUGUUGAUCUCAUUUUCUGGUCAAGAUGUAUCCUCGUGUCUGAUGAGAUUGCAGUGAUUUGGAGAUUUAUGGAUAUUUCCUCUUCAUUCCUUUGCUCCUUCCCUUUUUGCCCUAUUUUAUCUAUAUAGUUAAUAAAAAUCGGUAGUAUGUCUGAUAGUCUUUACUGCUAUA